UUUUCGCCCUGCUGGUUUGAUUGUAUUGGCUGGGUGAUGGUUUGCUUACUUGGAGCAGGGCUGAGUUUGGAGCGGGUUCUGUGAAAUGUGUAACCAUGAUGUUGCCCGGGUAAUCAGCGGAGGACGUUAGGAGACAGAGACACUACAACCAGCUGAAGGCAAGUGAAGCAGGCAGGACAGCCACACCUCAUGCGUGGGCUCGGCAAAGGUCCGAGUUGAUACGGGUCUGACAAACAUGGGGGUGCUCCAGCUCCACAAUCCCACUCACCCCAGCACGCUUCUGCAGCGGGCCAAUCAGAUGCGUCUGACCGGCACCUUGUGUGAUGUCAUCAUCACGGUGGACGGCCAGGAGUUCCCGGCACACCGCACCGUCCUGGCCUGCACCAGCAAAAUGUUCGAGAUCUUGUUCCACCGCAGCAGCUUACGCUACGCCCUGGACUUCUUGUCCCCCAAGACCUUCCAGCAGAUCCUGGAGUACGCCUACACCGCCUCGCUCCAGGCCACAGCUGAGGACCUGGAUGACCUGCUGUACGCCGCUGAGAUCCUGGAGAUAGAGUACCUGGAGGAGCAGUGCCUGAAGGUGCUUGAGACCAUCCAGGCGGAGGAGACGGAGGAGGUGGCGGUGAGGACUCACAGCUCCGGAGACCACAGUGACCACAGCCGGGCCAGGCACUGGAGGCACAUGUUGAUGUCCAAGAAGCAUUCCAUACAGGAUGGACCCAACCGCAUCACUCCCACUGCUCUGCACCACCUGGCGCUGUACCACAUGAGGGACGGGAGCUCUCCUGGCCUUGAGCCCGACGCGGCUCCUAAUCUGUGCCCCAAGCUGGACACGGAUGUCGACAUGGAGAGUGCCCAGCAGCCUCAGCACCGCAGUGCAGACUUAUCCCAACCCUCAUCCCUGGAUCCUGGCAGAAGUAUAAAAUCCGAGAGCAUGCAGGUGGAGGAUGCCAACGGCUGCGAGGGCAGGUCCUCCAGCACUGGGGAGGGAAGCUGCGUGUCCGACCAGCCCAGAGACGAGGGCCCGGGGACGCCCCUGAGAGGCAGCGUGAUCACCAGCGCUCGAGAGCUGCACUCAAGCCCCGAAGACGGAGGACAAGUGGUUGGCAACACCCUGGACUGUUUCCCCGGGAUCUCUGAGAAACAUCUGGCCUCCAUAUACUCUGUGCCCUCCAACCACACAGGGGAGGGGAUGCUGCCAGUGUCCGUUUCAGUGGCCCCGGCCCUGGGCGUGCCGCUGGACCCGAGGGCCUACAGCGGCCUCCUGCACCAAGGCUUGCUGCACAGGGAGCUCCUCAGCCGGCUGGGCCAGUUUGCAGCCGGGAUGAGGCACGAGGGCCAGGCUCAUGGCCAGCAGUGUUGUGGGGAGUGUGGGCUCCAGCUGCACAGCAGGCAGGCCAUGGAGCAGCACAGGAGGCUGCAUAACGAGGAGAAAGGCCACGGCUGUGAAUACUGUGGCAAACACUUCCAGGACAGCAUGCGGCUAAGGAUGCACAUGCUGUCUCACACAGCUCCUGCAGAGGCGCUGGUGUGUGAUCAGUGCGGAGCAACAUUUUCCUCAGAGGAUGCUCUGGAAGCCCACAGGCAAACACACACAGGGACUGACAUGGCGGUGUUCUGUCUGCUGUGUGCAAAGCGCUUCCAGACCCAGAAGGCCCUGCAGCAGCACAUGGAGGUCCAUGCAGGCAUGCACAGCUACAUCUGCAGCCACUGUGAGCGCCCCUUCCCCAGCCACACUACCCUCAAAAGACACUUGCGCUCGCACACGGGCGAUCACCCGUUUGAGUGUGAAUUCUGCGGGAGCUGUUUCAGAGACGACGGCACGCUGAGGGGCCAUAAACGCAUCCACACAGGGGAGAAGCCUUAUGAGUGCAACGGCUGUGGGAAGAGGUUCAGCCUCAAACACCAGCUAGAAACACACUACCGUGUACAUACAGGUGAGAAGCCAUUCGAGUGUAAGCUGUGUCACCAACGGUCCAGAGACUACUCGGCUAUGAUCAAGCACCUGCGCACUCACAACGGAGCGUCUCCGUACCAGUGCACCAUCUGCCAGGACUUCUGCCCGAGCCUGGCCGCCAUGCAGAAGCACAUGAAGGGCCACAAACCGGAGGACGUGCCGGCCGACUGGAGGAUAGAAAAGACUUACCUGUACGUCUGUUACGUCUGAGCAGGACUUGGACCGCGCGCACACACGCUGUCACUGUUGGGUGAAAACCUCGUAACUCCAGUGUUGCUGUUUUUUUUAAUGCUGAAAAAUUACAUGUCUCUCUGUGUGUUUAAAAAAAAAAAAAAAGAAGAAAAUUCGGACUCUUUUUGGAUAAACUGAAAAAUGCAUUGUGGGAAGUUGUCAUUCUGGGAGAUGCAAGGUUUUUACCUGACGACAGAGACAUGCAAGCACGAAUACAAAUGUGUGGACACACUAGGGCUGCAACUAAUGAUUAGUUUCAUUAUCAAUUAGAUUCUUAUUGAUACACAUGUUUGAUGAUUAUUAUUUUUACUACUAAGUGAUAAAUCGUUAAAGUAGUCACAUUUUGGUGACAAGGUGACAUUUCAAAUAACUAGUUCUGUCCGCCCGACGUCCAGUCUAAAGAGAACCAGUUUACAAUGAAAAGCAGCAAAUUCUCACAUGUUGAGAGGCAGAAAAACGGAAUAUUUUUUGCAUUUUUCUUUUCCCCUGAAAAAUGUCUGAAAAUGGUUGACAAUGAGUUUUUGACGACUUCUUGUUUCGGCCCUAGUGCACACAAAUAUACACAGACACACACUCUCCCUCCCCCCCUCACACACACACACACACUUUUGAUAAUAACUUCAUGUCUAAUGGAUCCACUGUGGUUAAAAUCUAAGCCUCAAUGGCUUCGACUGCUGACCUGUGUGUGUGUGUAGCAGGAGCUUUUUGAUUGAUGAGUCAUCCUCUAUGAUUGUGCAGUAGACAAAAUAAUUCCACGAAGGCACGAUUGGCUGAACGUUGCAACAUUUUCCCUCCUUAAAUUCCUGUGACAUCUCACUUUUAUUUUUCUGCUGUUGCUGUUUUAUUUUGGACUUGUUCAUUUGCUGCAUGUUUUACUUGAAUGGCCGCCACGUUUUGACCUCAUAAGCUUGAUUUCUUUAAUUGCCUUGUCUUUCUUGCGGUGAGUGUUAUUGUUUCAAGGUAGCUGGCUUACAAUUUGAGUUCCUCUUGCAAUGUAGUAGGUUUUGCUAUUUAUGUGUUGUUUAUUUGUUACCAAAUAUGUGCUGGUUCUCAUCACACACUCGGUGUCUCUUGGGAUGAUUUCUAGUAGAGCAAGCUCUACCUCUCCUCACUUCUAAACCCACUGCGAGUUGUUCAGUCAUCCGUAGUUUGAAUUUUCUAACAAAUACUUCAAAAUUUAGAUGGACAAGCAGUGUGUAAAAAAAAAAACAGCCUCAACAUGGCUUUUAUGUGUAGUUUUUUUUAUCAUUAACUAUAUAUGUCUUAUAAAAAUCACAGAAUCUGAAUUUUCUAGGAGAAAAUUGAAGAAAACAUGAAAAGUAGUUGUUUUUUACAAAACCUGAAAAGAAAAUUCUGACUUUGAAACGCUAUGGGCAGGUUAUUGUCAGUUGUAGUGUAGCUGUAAUGUACAAACUGUCAUGGUAUGUUAUUCCCUUCUGUGAGCCUAACACAGGCCUUAUAGAUUUAAACAUGUUGUAUUUUUGUAUUACAGUAAUUUGCUAUCUGUUUACAUUUGGUAUAAUUUGAGAAACAUCUUAAUGUGUGUUUUAUAAGUCUCUGAUUUGAUUAAGAUCCCUUCCUUGUGCCUCUUUUAUAAGUAGAGCAUCGAUGUGCUUGAGUACAUGGGUCUGUGCUAUUGGUAGUUGUUUCUGGGUGUUUGUUUAUUGUUACUUAAUUAAAGAUAGACUGCCAUGUAGAUCCACUUUGUCUGAACAUUGCAACUGGAAGCAACAUACUGUGAUAGUGGCUGAUACUCUGAGACAAGCGUGACUUUUUUCAUCACAAUUGCUUGGAACUUGCAUCAAAUUGUUCCCUUCAAAGUGACAAUGGACUGAGAUCUUUGGAUGAAAAACAGUGUGUAUAGCAAAUCUUGGCGUCUGUGGGCAUUACCAAUGCCUUCUUAAGUAGCCAACAACACUCAGUGCCAUGAAAACACACAUUCACUGUAUCUAUUCUACAUGAACAUGCACUAUAAAUGGAUUUCCUUAGUGGACCAAAAGAAACGGAGCACUUUUGUUUGAAAAGGGUUUUUUCUUUGAUCUUUCUAUGUUGUAAUAAUGCAAAUGUCCUUUUAUUUGAUGUGUCCUAGAAGGAUGUGAUUAGCAUUGUUUAGAUUAUGUCAAUGUCUGUCUACCUCAGGGCCAGAUCAAAGCUCGAACCUGGUAUCCAAUCAGGGUUGUUCUUCUUGCCAUGUGUGCAGUAAAAUCCCUCUUCAUUACAGCUUUGUAACACAGUGUGUGAAAGUGUUUUCUCAGUGUGGAUUCAGGCACAACUCUGUAUGCGUCAGUGUUCAGUGGCAUGGUUAAAAAAAGAAUAAAACAAUUUACUAUUUUA